AUGGACGCAAAGCUAAAGGCGAUGAAGGUCGCCGACCUCAAAUCCAUUCUGCAACAAGCAAAUGUGUCGUUCGACGCAAAGCUCACAAAGCCGGCGCUCAUCAAGAAGAUUCUAGAAACUCCAGAGGCGCUAGCUGCAGCCUCUGCGGGCGAGGAAAAUGCGGAUGACGACUUGCCAGACCUCCCUCCAGCUGCUUUAUACGAGGCGCCCAAAGCGACAACAGAUCCAUCCCCUGCACCAACCAAAGCACCUCCACCAACUCCAGCCGCGGGUCUAGCAAAAGCGAGUCCGGCCGCGCCAGGCCCGUCGAAAGCUGCAGAGACUUCGACUGCAGCAUUCAAAGCCGCAGACGUUGUACCGGCGACUUUGGAGGACGAAGCAGCGAAACGACGCGCACGAGCUGCCAAAUGGGGGACUACUUUUGUCGAUCCGACUGCACCACCCCCAGCACCAGCACCAGCACCGUCCAAGCCAGCCAAAGCAGCGAAGGCUCAAGCAACGAUCGAUGACGAAGAAAAGAUUAAGGCUCGUCAAGCGAAGUUUGGGACAAGUUCGGCUGGGAAAAAGGCAGAAGCUCCGGUCGACGAAGAAGAGUUGCGCAAGCGCAAGUUGCGUGAAGAGAGGUUCGGCGCUAACAAGAAACCACGGAUAGAAUAA